CCCCGCGGCGGCGCGGGCCGAGGAGCGCGGCCGGGAGGAUGUCGGCGGGCGGCCGCGACGAGGAGCGGCGGAAGCUGGCCGACAUCAUCCGGCACUGGAACGCCAACCGGCUGGACCUGUUCGAGAUCAGCCAGCCCACCGAGGAUUUGGAAUUCCACGGAGUGAUGAGAUUUUAUUUUCAAGAUAAAGCUGCUGGAAACUUUGCAACGAAAUGCAUUCGGGUGUCUAGUACUGCCACCACCCAGGAUGUGAUCGAGACGCUGGCGGAGAAAUUCCGGCCGGACAUGCGGAUGCUGUCAUCCCCCAAGUACUCCCUCUAUGAAGUGCACGUCAGUGGAGAAGAAAGAAGAUUGGAUAUAGAUGAGAAGCCCCUUGUUGUUCAGCUGAAUUGGAAUAAAGAUGAUCGAGAGGGCAGAUUUGUUCUUAAGAAUGAAAAUGAUGCCCUUCCUCCUAAGAAGGCUCAAAGCAACGGACCUGAAAAGCAGGAGAAAGAAGGUGUUAUCCAGAACUUCAAGAGAACGCUCUCAAAGAAAGAAAAGAAGGAGAAAAAGAAGAGAGAAAAAGAGGCAGUGAGGCAGGCAUCUGAUAAGGAUGACAGGCCUUUCCAAGGGGAUGACAUUGAGAAUUCCCGGCUGGCUGCCGAGGUCUACAAAGACAUGCCUGAGACCAGCUUUACGCGAACGAUUUCGAAUCCGGAGGUGGUCAUGAAGCGUCGCCGGCAGCAGAAGCUGGAAAGGAGGAUGCAGGAGUUCCGGAGCUCGGACGGGCGGCCGGACUCAGGUGGAACAUUGAGAAUUUAUGCAGAUAGUUUAAAGCCAAAUAUUCCAUACAAGACAAUCCUGCUGUCUACCACAGACCCUGCAGACUUUGCUGUGGCUGAAGCUUUAGAGAAAUACGGUCUGGAGAGAGAAAACCCAAAGGAUUACUGCAUUGCCCGGGUUAUGCUUCCUCCCGGAGCCCAGCACUCCGAUGAAAAAGGUGCUAAAGAAAUUAUCCUUGAUGAUGAUGAGUGUCCUUUACAAAUCUUCAGGGAAUGGCCAAGUGACAAAGGGGUUUUAGUCUUUCAGUUGAAGAGGAGGCCACCAGACUAUAUCCCAAAGAAAACUAAGAAACACGUCGAUGGGAAGCUGGCGAAGGGCAAGGAGAAAGUGGAGGGGUCAGGCUAUGGCUCUGCACUUCCGCCCGAGAAGCUGCCCUAUUUAGUAGAGCUAAGCCCAGGGAGAAGGAAUCACUUUGCCUACUACAACUAUCACACUUACGAAGACGGCUCGGACUCCAGAGAUAAGCCCAAGCUUUACCGCCUUCAGCUCAGUGUCACUGAGGUUGGGACGGAAAAGUUCGACGAGGACUCCAUCCAGCUCUUUGGAUCAGGAAUUCAGCCCCAUCACUGUGACCUCACAAACAUGGAUGGAGUGGUCACUGUCACGCCAAGAAGCAUGGAUGCCGAGACUUACGUGGAAGGACAGCGCAUCUCGGAGACAACCAUGCUGCAGAGUGGGAUGAAAGUGCAGUUUGGGGCCUCACAUGUGUUCAAGUUUGUGGACCCCAGCCAGGACCACGCUCUGGCAAAGAGAUCUGCGGAUGGGUGCCUGACGGCCAAGGCUCCCAGACAGAAGCCUGGAAUUGUUCAAGAGACAACUUUUGAUUUAGGAGGAGAUGUUCACAGUGGAACAGCGUUACCAACAAGCAAGAGCGCCACGAGGCUGGACGGCGACCGGGCGGUGCCUGCCUCCGGCUCGGCAGAGCGCGGGAUGGUGAAGCCGAUGAUCAGAGUGGAGCAGCAGGACUGCCGCAGGCAAGAGAGCAGAACUCAGGACGCUGCUGGGCCCGAGCUGGUACUGCCUGCGAGCAUCGAAUUCAGGGAGAGUUCUGAAGAUUCAUUUUUAUCUGCCAUCAUAAACUAUACUAAUAGCUCUACAGUCCAUUUUAAGUUGUCACCUACAUAUGUAUUAUAUAUGGCGUGUCGGUAUGUAUUGUCUGGCCAGUGCAGACCCGAUGCCAGCCCCGGCGAGCGCACGCACAGAGUGAUUGCCGUAGUGCACAAGAUGGUGAGCAUGAUGGAGGGGGUGAUCCAGGAAGUAGACCAGGUUGAUCAGAAGCAGAAGAACAUCGCAGGGGCACUUGCCUUCUGGAUGGCCAACGCGUCUGAGCUGCUCAACUUCAUUAAACAGGACCGAGAUCUUAGUCGAAUCACACUGGACGCCCAAGACGUUUUAGCACACUUGGUUCAGAUGGCGUUUAAAUAUCUAGUUCAUUGUCUUCAAUCAGAACUGAAUAAUUACAUGCCAGCCUUUCUGGAUGACCCUGAAGAGAACAGCCUGCAAAGACCAAAAAUAGAUGACGUCCUGCACACGCUCACGGGAGCCAUGUCUCUGCUGCGGCGCUGCCGGGUCAACGCGGCGCUGACCAUCCAGCUCUUCUCGCAGCUCUUCCACUUCAUCAACAUGUGGCUCUUCAACCGGCUGGUCACCGACCCCGAGUCGGGGCUGUGCUCGCACUACUGGGGGGCGAUUAUCCGCCAGCAGCUGGGACAUGUGGAGGCCUGGGCGGAGAAGCAGGGCCUGGAGCUGGCGGCGGAUUGUCACCUCAGCCGCAUAGUGCAGGCAACCACUCUGCUCACCAUGGACAAGUACUCCGCGGAGGACAUCCCGACCGUGAACAGCACAUGCUUCAAGCUGAACUCCCUGCAGCUGCAGGCCUUGUUACAGAACUACCACUGCGCGCCCGACGAGCCUUUCGUCCCCGCGGACCUGAUCGAGAACGUGGUGGCUGUGGCCGAGAACACGGCGGAUGAGCUGGCGCGCAGUGACGGGCGGGAGGUGCAGCUGGAGGAGGACCCCGACCUGCAGCUGCCUUUCCUGCUACCGGAGGACGGCUACUCUUGCGACGUCGUCAGGAACAUUCCAAACGGCCUACAGGAAUUCUUAGACCCUCUGUGCCAGAGAGGAUUUUGCAGGUUAAUUCCUCAUGCACGCUCACCGGGCACCUGGACAAUCUACUUUGAAGGUGCAGAUUACGAGAGCCAUCUUCUGCGUGAGAGCACGGAGCUGGCUCAGCCUCUGAGGAAAGAACCUGAAAUCAUCACUGUGACUCUGAAAAAGCAAAACGGGAUGGGUCUCAGCAUUGUCGCAGCGAAGGGCGCCGGUCAGGACAAACUCGGGAUCUACGUCAAGUCUGUUGUAAAAGGAGGCGCCGCGGACGUGGAUGGACGCCUGGCUGCGGGCGACCAGCUCCUCAGUGUGGAUGGACGGAGUCUGGUAGGACUCUCUCAAGAAAGGGCGGCAGAACUCAUGACAAGAACAAGUUCUGUGGUGACGCUAGAAGUAGCAAAGCAGGGAGCAAUUUAUCACGGCCUGGCCACCUUGCUCAAUCAGCCAUCCCCAAUGAUGCAGAGAAUUUCAGACCGUCGUGGCUCAGGUAAACCCCGACCGAAGAGUGAAGGUUUCGAGCUCUAUAAUAAUUCAGCCCCAAACGGAUCUCCUGAGAGCCCUCAGCUGCCUUGGGCAGAAUACAGUGAACCUAAGAAACUGCCGGGUGACGACAGACUGAUGAAGAAUCGGGCCGAUCACCGAUCCAGCCCCAACGUGGCAAAUCAGCCUCCAAGCCCCGGAGGGAAGAGCGCGUACACCCCCGGUACAACAGCCAAGAUCACAUCUGUCUCCACCGGGAACCUCUGCACUGAGGAGCAGACCCCCCCACCGAGACCGGAGGCCUACCCCAUCCCCACGCAGACAUACAGCCGGGAGUACUUCACCUUCCCCGCCUCCAGAUCCCAGGACCGGGUGGCGGCUCCUCAGAACCAGUGGCCAAGUUACGAGGAGAAGCCGCGCACGCACACGGACAGCAGUCAUUCCAGCAUCGCGGUUCAGCGUGUUACCCGUUCCCAAGAGGAACUUCGGGAGGACAAAGCUUACCAGCUAGAGCGGCGUCGAAUCGAGGCGGCCUUGGACCGCAAGUCCGAUAGCGACAUGUGGAUCCAUCAGAGCCCCUCCGUGGGCUCCAGCACCUCCAGCCAGGAGCACCUGGACCACUCCUCCAAGUCAGGCACCCCCGCGUCCACUCUGACCAAAAGCGGCCCUGGGCGCUGGAAGACGCCAGCUGCCGUGCAGCCCAUGCCGGCGGCCGUGUCCCAGCCUGUCCAAACAGACCUGCCCCCGCCGCCCCCGCCGCCUCCCACGCACUAUGCCGGGGACUUGGACGGAAUCCCCGUGGACUUGCCUCUCCCUCCGCCUCCCACCGGCCAGACGGGACCCGCAGCUGCUCAGGCGGCGGCUGCAGAGCGCAGGAAGCGGGAGGAGCACCAGCGCUGGUAUGAGAAGGAGAAGGCCCGGCUGGAAGAGGAGCGGGACAGGAAGCGCAGGGAGCAGGAGCGGAAGCUGGGCCAGAUGCGCUCCCAGUCCCUGAACCCAGCCCCGUUUUCUCCGGGGACCGGCCCCCACGUGAAGCCGGAAAAGCCCUCCACGCUCCAGAGGCCCCAGGAGACCGUCAUUCGGGAGCUACAGCCCCAGCAGCAGCCCCGCACGAUCGAGCGCAGAGACCUGCAGUACGUCACGGUCAGCAAGGAGGAGCUGUCGUCGGGAGACAGCCUGUCCCCGGACCCGUGGAAGCGGGAUGCCAGGGAGAAGCUGGAGAAGCAGCAGCAGAUGCACAUCGUGGACAUGCUGAGCCGCGAGAUCCAGGAGCUGCAGAGCAGGCCCGAGCGCAGCGCGGAGGAGAGCGACCGCCUGCGGAAGCUCAUGCUGGAGUGGCAGUUCCAGAAGAGGCUGCAGGAGUCCAAACAGAAGGACGAGGAGGACGAGGACGAGGAGGACGACGACGUGGACACCAUGCUGAUCAUGCAGCGCCUCGAGGCUGAGCGGAGAGCGAGGCAGCAGACUGCUCUGCCAGCAAUCUCUGUUCUAGAUUUGUUGCAGGACGAGGAGCGGAGGCGCCAGCAGCAGCUGGAGGAGAUGCGCAAGCGGGAAGCCGAGGACCGCGCCAGGCAGGAGGACGAGCGGCGCCGCCAGGAGGAGGAGAGAACAAAGCGAGAUGCUGAAGAAAAGAGGCGACAGGAAGAAGGGUACUACAGCCGUCUGGAAGCCGAGAGGCGCAGACAGCACGCCGAGGCCGAGCGCAGGUUGCUGGAGCCCGAGGAGCCGGGUCUGUGCAGACCUCCGCUUCCGCGGGGCUAUGAGCUCCCGUCGCCGUCCCCUCCGGCCGCCGCCCCUCCUCCCCCGCCUCAGCGGACCGCCUCCUCCCUCCAGGCCCCGGCCCUUUCCCCAGACUCCCUGUACACCGCCAGGCUCGUUUCGUACCACGAGGAGGAGGAGGAGGAGGAGCCCUGCAGUCUGGCAGGUCAGGAUAAGCACGCUGGCACGAGGAAGUCCCACGGGCACCUUCUGCUUCCCGCCACCCCUGAGCCACAGCAGCCCCCUUGCCCGCCGCGCCCAGCCUCCGAUGGCAUCUUUCUCUCCAACUCAUUCCAGCCACCCUCGGCCCGGGCCGACCGUACUGCUCAUAGAGCAGGCCGGCCCUUGCCCCCUCCACAAAAACCAGGCUUCUACCAGCCCAGCCACUCGAAAGGACCCAACUCUUACAUGGGAUCGGCAGGGACAGCUGUUGGGGCCCAUGAUGCUUACCGGGAUCCGAGAGAGAGACCGUCUAAAAGCCACGAUGCGGACUUGCCUGGAAGCUCGGGAGCCCCUGAAAACUUGACAUUCAAAGAGCGCCAGCGUCUUUUUUCACAAGGUCAAGAUGUGUCCAACAAAGUAAAAGCCUCUCGUAAAUUGACAGAACUGGAAAACGAACUGAACACAAAAUGAGCCAAGGAUGAGGUGCCCAGGCCACCCCAGGGUCCUGGGGGCACGGCUCCAGAGGACGGGCUCGGCGAGGAGGCCGCACCAGCCUGCCCGAGUCACCGAAGCACCAUUUUGGAGUCGGCUGGGCCCCAGAGACGGUCCUGCUCCGAGAAGUUCUUUUCUUUCACCAAGAGAUGAUCAUUUAUACGAUGUAAACACUGUCUCAUUUCUUAAUUACCUGACUCACAGGAAGAUAAGUUUUUUGUUGUUUUUUUUUUAAAGUCUGAGUGGGAGAGGGGAGAAUGCAGGGCAGGAGAGCACAGUGGGGACAUGUCUUCCCCCCCCCCAGCCCUGCGUGUUGCAGAGAGGCCGUGUGCGUGCUGUGUUGUUCACGAUGCUGCGGCCGCAGGGCAGGGACCAGUUUGAACUGCCCAGACCUUGUUUGCACUAUGGGGGAGCAGCUGCAGACCGCGUGCGCAGAGGGUGACCUGUCCCUUUCCAGGAAAGAGAGCCUCUGGGGGACGGCCUCCCUCACCCCCCCCACCGUAGGUGGUCCCCAGGCAGCUCAGACCCACAUAGCCCAAAAGGGAGGUGGUGCCUGUCAGGCCCCUGCCCCUGUCCUCCUUCCCUCUGGGGACAGCCCUCCUGGGAUAUCCUACAUACAUGAUUUUUUAAAAAGUGCUCCAAGAAGACAAUUUUGAGGAUUUAAGCUUAGGAUAUUUUAUUUUUAUAAAUGCCAGAGUGUUGUUAGACUAAUACAUCAUUGGCGAUCUUGAAGAUGGCAGUUAAGUUAGUUCACAGAGGAUUUCGACUCUUCGGGGGACCCUGAAACGAGGACGUUCAGCUGGCCCGUAUUGAUGCGGAGAGAAACGGAAGCAUCUGAGAGGGAUGGGGGGUUAGGGACGCCUGAGCAUGGGGGCUGCAGAGGAGGGCCGAGUGGCGGCCGCGGGCUGUGCGGAUGGAAGGCUCGUUGACACGUGGUGUCUGUGACUGAAAAUGUCGGACACACUCGUGCGGCAGUUCGAGCCUUUUUUUUUUUUUUUUUUUUUAAACAUGAAAUAGAAAGUUAUUUAAUUUUCAUGUGAGUCACUGGUGAUCACUGUUGUCUCCCCAGUUGUGACCGUGUGGCUGAGCUGGGGAGACAGAGCUCACUUGGUUUCAUCCCGUGUGCUCGGACAGUGCUGAAUUACCUUGUGGUAAUGUGCAAACCUCUUCCGUGACGAGCCCUGCUGUAGGAUCUCGAUGAUUCUUCUCUACCAGAUUGUUCUCUUACAGAUACGUGUGUUAGGGAAAUGCACACUUUGAAAUAGAAGAGGGAGGCUUUAGCCGUAGAAAUCACUUUAAGGAGAGCUGCACGAUAAAUCACUGAAAUGUGAGUGUAAAUAUUCUUCCGUCGAUCAGGGUUCUUCUCUGGAAGUGCGCUCUCACCGUUCCCCUUGUCUGAGGGAGUCGCGGCGGCGCGAAGUGUUGAUGAAGGAUGUGGGUGUCUGCUCUGGAGGCUUCAGGAAAAGCAGGCCCUGGUGGGGCGCUCGCGAACACUGGCCACCUUACGGGGACAAAAUCCACGCUUUCUUUGAUGAAAAGACGCAGAUGAGUGACUUUUCUGUUAAUACACACACCUAAGUACCAGCAAGUACAUGUAGAUCCUGGCAUACGGGGUGUGUGUGCGUGUGUCGUCAGGCCUGUGGGCAGGUGGGCCAGGCCGCCCUCGAGUGAUGGGUCAGAUGUGAACACGUGCUUUUCAGGACUGUGCGUCACUGUGGCCGUCACAGCUGCUGUACCUCCCCAUUUCUACUGUGCUUCAUCUGCAAUCUAUUUUUAAUAAACUUUGUAUGUAUUUAA